GACAAUGUUUGGCCAUACGGUCAUACUGAACCAGACAAAAAGUAGGAUAGGCAACUUUGGAUCGCAGUAAAUACCACCGCUUUUGAUCAAAAGUCCAGAUAUAUUAGUCACGAUGACGGGGGGCAACCACUGGAGCUACGACAUCCUCAAGCAGAUGGUCAUCGAAGGAUGCACAGUGGAUGUGGAGGAGUUGAAGGCGAUGCUCGCAGACGAGAUUGGUUCGCAGCGGCGAUUGGAUUGUAUCCGGUCCAUUGAGGAUCUAAUCGACUGCCUGGAAAGGGCCGACGAACUGGCCGAGGACAAUGUGGAGCCACUGCGUCGGAUGUCCAUCAAUCAACCAAAGCUAAUCGAGGCUCUGAACGGCUACACCCCACCGGAAAAUGUCCGGGAUCGGACGGUGAAUAUGUACCAGGAAAUCCGAUUGGCCGAGGAACUGCGUCAGCAACUCCGGAUUGCACCGGUUCAGAUGGCUCAUCCCGCGGUUUCCGUAGCUGCAGCACCCACGCCUGCAAUCCAGAAUUAUACCACUCCGGCUGCAUUUACGGAUCGCAAACGGACGGCUGUCUUCAAGAAAAUAUCCGAGGAACUGGGUCGCUAUUGGCGACGUUUGGGUCGAUCGGCCGGCAUUGGCGAAGGCACCAUGGACAACAUCGAGGAGCGCUAUCCGCACGAUCUGAAAUCGCAGAUCCUGCGACUAUUGCAACUCGUCGAGGAGGACGAUUGCCAUGAUCCCAAGCACUUUCUCGUUCGCCUUUGUCGCGCCCUCGGCGAUUGUGGUCGAAAUGAUCUGCGCAAGAAUGUGGAGCGGAUUAUGUCCCACUAACCCUAUAAUAACCCACUCUUUAGGUUAGUUAUCAAAUGUUUGUAUUUCAAUUGAUGGCCUGAUAACAAGGGGUGAUUCCCCGGCCAUCGGUGAUAAGGUUUGCGCCUUUAAGCCAAACCAAUUUAGCAAACAGUGCUUUUGUUGUAAUUGUCUAAUCACCUGCAUAAUAAUGUGUGGGUAGAAUUUGCAAUAUGCUAUCGAGUGUGUUUGUUAUAUAUAAACGUAAAUUUUGUUUAUUAAUAAAAGAGAUUUAAUUUUUAAAAUUUUUUUAUACUUUAAAUCUUUUAU